AGCGGAUGACCUCAUUCGCUCAGCGUAACAUCCAGUCUUCAGUAUCGUACAACAACUAGCUCUCAUUCAUCAAGAUGUCUGGUCGCGGAAAAGGAGGAAAGGGUCUUGGAAAGGGUGGUGCCAAACGUCAUCGCAAGGUUCUACGAGACAACAUCCAAGGUAUCACGAAGCCUGCUAUCCGCCGUCUAGCAAGAAGAGGUGGAGUCAAAAGAAUCUCUGGUCUCAUCUACGAAGAGACACGCGGUGUACUGAAAGUCUUCUUGGAGAAUGUCAUCCGUGAUGCCGUCACCUACUGUGAGCACGCCAAACGAAAGACCGUCACAGCCAUGGACGUGGUCUAUGCACUGAAGAGGCAGGGCCGUACCCUGUACGGUUUUGGCGGCUAGUCUGAUACUACGGUUAUGGCUAGAAAUAACGGCUCUUUUCAGAGCCACCA